AUGCGCGAAAUCGGGAAAAUCGACGGCGGGGCCAUCGCCGUCGCGUGCGCGCCGGACGACCUCGCGUGCGACGAGGUCUCGCUCGAGCUCGACUCCCCGAGGAGCGCCAUCGCGUUGAUGCAACCUCCUUCGGAACGCGCUCGGCCUCGAUCGGCGCGAAGGAGGUCCGUCGACGCUGCGCGCCCGGAGCUGACGCGGUUUUCCGCGCGACGCGCGCGCGCGCGGGGUUCGGCGAACGACGCAUCGAACAACCCUCGGAACGCGAUCGGAAGCGUGAGCGUCGACACCGGUUUGUGCCUCAUGGACGCGCGCGACGACGAUCCGACGUCGCCGAAAAUCGGGAAUCCGGAGAUGGGAUAUGCGCAGCUCAUGCCGCUCGUUUUGCACGCGCUGAGUCGAUUACGGACGGAGGGGUGGAAGUCGUUAGAGGACGCGCCGGAGAGCCCGUCCGCGUGGUUCAAGCGGCACAAGCACCCGAACGCGCGCGAGGCGCCGCCGUCGCCGUCGCCGAAACAGCUCGCGCACAUCGAUCACGGCCUCGCGGUGCUCUCGCCCGUGGCCUCUCGUGGACGCGGCGCGGUCGGCAGCCAGACCGAAAACGAGUGUGCCUACAAUACCAGCAGCGCGGGAAGAACCAUCGUCGACUCCCCGCCGCCGUCACAGGACGGCUCGCAGACCGCGCACGCGGUGGUGUCCGCCGCGCUCGAGCGCGCGCGCGCGUUCACCCCGGCGCAGAUCAGCGCGCUCGGUACGGCGCUGCGCGAUAGCAACUGGAUCGCCGUGGAUCAGCUCGCGACGGACGUCCCGAGGACGACGCGAUCGAGCGCGGGAGACGAAGGCGACGAGAUCGCGCGCGCGUCUCCGAUGGAGGCCGCCGCGAGGCUCAUGUUCGGGGACGUCGAAUCGAAGCGUCUGAUGUCCGCCUUGUGGAGAGCGCGAGACCGCGAGGAGGGCGCGGGGGGCGCGUCCACGCCCACCCUGGGCUCGCGCGGCUCGCCGCGUCCCAGUUUGGACGGGAUGGAGACGGACUCCGCCGGCGCCACCCGCCGCGGCCCCGGCGUGGGACAGCUCCCCGCGCUCAGAAGGCUCCCGGAGGCGUCGUGCAACAGCUGGGACUGGGUGGACCCGGCGCCGGAGUCGCCGAGCGAGAUGCGCUCGGACGCGCGCGCGGAGGACGGGUCCUUCCCGGGCGACGCGGAGACGCAGAGCAAGGUGUUCAGGGUCGCGUCGAUGAAGAUGCUCCGAAGCGUGGACGAGGACGGGGACGAGCGCGGGCUGAUCGAGGACACGCCGAGCCCGGAUAACACCGAGUCGCGGGGCGGGAGCGCGACGGACGCGGCGGGCGCGCGAGACGACCGAAACAAGGCGCAGCGGACGAACGAGACGAACGACUCCCCGGGGAGCGCGUUCAAACGUCGAAGAGUGUCGCACGACGACCUGACCAAACACCACGACGCGAUGAAGAAAGACGCGACCGAUCAAGAAGACGUGAGCCUGGUCGCUUCCAACGCCGCCGCGGUGGACGCCGCGAACGUGGAGGACUCGGACGUCAUGAAGGCGCUUCGAAGGCGGUGGGAGAGCAUCAGCGGCGGCGGCGGCGCGGGCGGCGGCGGCAGCGGCGUGAUCCAGCAGCAGCGCGCGAACCCCCCGGUCGCGGGCGCCGCCGCGCCGGUCGGCCCCGCGUCGGUGAAGGCGUCGCGCCCCAAGCGCGCGACGCCAAACUUGAAGCAGCGUCUCACGGAGGUUGUCAUCCCUGUGAAGUGCGUCGCGACUGGCGCGUGGUCGUUCAACACGCGCGUCACCGGGUUGAACCUCGCCAACGCGUCCAUCGGGCCGGAGGGCGCGAAGUUCAUCGCGAAGGCGCUUCACGGGCGGCGCAACGGGGACGGGUCGUGGGUGUUCAACACGACGUUGCGCACGCUGAACUUGGAGUUCAACAGCAUCGGCACCGAGGGCGUGAUCGCCAUCGCGAGCGCGUUGUGUCCGCGGUGGGUCCCCUCCGAUCCCAACGUCGCGGAGUACGUCUACGGCGGCGGCGACGGGAAAUCCGAGCCGCCGCUCGAGGACGUGAGCCUCGAUCACGUGCAACGCGUCGGCGGCGGUAAGUGGGUGUGCAACACGACGAUGAAGGUUCUGAACUUUAACUUUUGCGACAUCGACGCCGUCGGCGCGGGCGCGCUGUCGCGGUUGCUCACGCCGAGGGUGGACGAGAUGGGCGACUUUGUGUACUGCUCGGGCGUCGCGAACAUCUCGCUGUUUCACAACCACAUCGGCCCGGACGGCGCGCGCGCGCUCGGGGACGCGAUCGCGCCCAGACGGCAGCAAAGAACGGGCGAACUCGUGUUCAACCCGAAGUUCGAGUCUCUGAACGUGGGAAGGAACCAGCUCGGCGAUCUCGGUCUCGCGCACCUCGCGAGGGCGUUCAAACCCGCCGUCGCGCUCAACGGAUGCUGGUGCUUCAACCCGACGUUUCGUCACCUGCACGCGAACAUGAACUCGUGUUUGUCUCAAGCCGGGCCGCUCGCGAUCGGGGAGAGCUUAUCCCCGCGCGCGAACCCGGACGGAUCCUGGGCGUUCUCGAGCUCGCUCACGACGCUGCACCUCGCGAACGUGUUCCUCGGAGAAGAAGGCGGCAAGGCGGUGGCGUCCGUCGUCGCGCCGCGGCGAACGACGAUUCGCGGCGCGCCGACGUACGUCUUCCCGAGCACGCUGAGGGUUUUGAACCUCUCUCGGACCGGUCUCGGGGACGUCGGCGCGGGCCACAUCGGCGUCGCGCUGCAGCCGGUGUGGUGCGUCGCGGGAGGGAACGCGCGCGAGUUCGCCGCGGACGGCGACCCGGGCGCGGGCGCCGCGUGGCGUCCGAUCGAGGGCGGAGACGCCGCGGGCGCGGGCGCGGGCGGCGGCGUCGGCUUCGGACGGUGGGUGUUCAACGCGAAGAUGCGCGAGGUGCACCUCGGGGGCAACUCCAUCGGCGUCGCGGGCGCGCAGGCGAUCGCGCGCGCGAUCGCGCCGCGACGCAACAACCUCAGCGACAAGGUCAACGCCACGGAGGAGUCCAUGUGGGCGUUCAACACCGCGCUCAGGGUGCUUGACUUGAGAGACAACGCGAUGGGGAGGGAGGGCGCGGAGGCCAUCGCCGCCGCGAUCGAGCCCGUCGCGGUGGACGUCGACGCCGCGGACAACAGCUCGCCAGAGUCUCUGUCCGGGGCGUCCUCCCCGGGGACGUUCCCGGUGAUGCCGGGGUCGAACGCCGCGCCGUUGGGGUCGUCGUCGCCGUCCGACUCGAGGCUUCCGGGGUCCGUCUCGAAUCUUCUCGACCGACGCGCCAACGCGUCCGAGCGAAGAGCGCGUCGACGGUGGAUCCCCGGCGGCGGCGCGCUCGCGGUGCUGAACCUCGAGUUCAACAACAUCGGGCCGGAAGGCAUCUGCGCGAUCGCGACCGCGCUCGAGCCGCGGUGGUGCCUGUGGGCGUGCGCGGAGCACACGACGGCGUCGCGCGCGUCGUCGCCGGCGCUGAGCGACUCGGACGGCGGCGGGCACGUCCUCGGCAUGUCGACGGGCUCCUCCCCGGGGUCCACCCCGGGGUCGCUCACCCCGGCGCUCACCCCGCGCGGCGCUUCGUUCACGAGCGCGUCGCGCCCCGCGUCCGGCAGACUGUUCGCGAGCUCGCGCCCGGUGUCCGGACGCGCGCGGCGGCACAGCGCCGUCGACGCGACCGCCGACCCCCGCGACGGGUCGCUCGCCGCGCUCGCGUGCGUCGGCGCCGGCGGCGAAGGCUGCGAGUGCGCCGCGUGCGCGAACCGCGUCUGGGACGCGCCGCCGCGACGCGAGAAGCUCCCUUUCUCGCUCCCGGGCCCGGGCGACGGGCACUGGGUCGUGAACCGGAGCUUGAAAGCGCUCGGCGUCGCCGGAAACGGGAUGGGCGACGCCGGCGCGACGGCGCUCGCCGCCGCCGUGGAACCCCGGAUCGGCGUCGACGGCGGGUGGGUCACGAGCGCGCUGCACGCGAUCGACGCGAGCGAGAACGUGAUCGGCGUGGACGGCUUGCACGCGCUCGCGGACGCGCUCGAGCCGAAAUGCACGCGAUGCGCGCGGCCGCGGUCGCGGCCGGGCAGCGCUCGGAGCGGAUCGUCGUCCGGGUCGGACGGAACGCGCUGUUGCGCCGCGCACUCGCUCCCGCACUCGAAAGACACGUCGUCGCACGGAGGAAGCGUCUUGAGGUCCGUGCUGACGACAAACGCGGUCGCCGCGGCGGCGAGAGCGGACGCCGCGGCGGCGACGACGAAGCUGUUCAAUGCCGUCGGUCUGAGCGACGGCGAGGACGCCAACUCGGAGGGGGGCGGCGCGGAGGGCGCCGCGGCGGAUUUCGUCGGCGGGUUUCCGUCGCCGGCGCAGACGACGACCGCGGCGGUCGAGUGUUCGUACGGUAUUCGAGCCUCGAUUCGACGGCUGGAUCUCAUGAGCAACAAUCCUGACCCUGAACUGAAGGAGCGGUUCAAGAGUUUGACCGCGUCCGGCGGGGGCGAGAUCAACGUCUGAGCGGACGCUCGGACGAAAAACGUAUCAACGGCGGCUUCGGCGUUUGCGCGAAAAUGCGAAACGCCACGCAGCUCUCGUUGAAGAACGUUGUAUUUGUAGUAGGCAAAAAAGUUGCACGCGGCGUAGGUUGCCGUGAAAGUAUAAAUCUUUAUGUUGUAAAAGACUAAGUUAUCAA